AAGAGAAGGAAACAAAGUUCCGCUGCAAAGCAGGGUGCGUCACUCCACUAUCCAGCCAUGCAAGUCCUGCAAACCUCUUAUCUCUUCACUUUCCCUAAACCCCUAAACCCUUCCCCUUCUCAUUUCCACCACCGUCUUCCGCCACGCCCUCCGCCAUUCUUCCACCGCCGCCCCCUCACCAUUCCCAAAUCCUUCAGCUCCGACGAGUUCCCGGUGGACGAGACCUUCCUGGAGAACUUCGGCCCCAAGGACAAAGAAACCGAGGACGAAGCCCGCCGCCGCAACUGGAUCGAGCGCGGGUGGGCCCCAUGGGAGGAAAUCCUCACUCCGGAGGCCGAUUUCGCGCGCAAGAGCCUCAACGAAGGCGAGGAGGUUCCCCUCCGCUCCCCGGAAGCCAUCGAAGCGUUCAAAAUGCUAAACCCUAACUACCGCAAGAAGAAAAGGGAGGAAAUGGGACUCACCGAGGAAGAGUUCUUCGCGAAGCAGUUCGAGAUCAAGGGCGAGAUUCCGGAGCCUCUCGUGACGACGUGGGCGGGGCCGCUGGUGGUGCGCCUCGUGCCGCCACGCGAUUGGCCGCCUCGUGGGUGGCGCGUGGACCAGGAGGAGCUCGCGUUCAUCCGCGAGGCGCAUAAGGUGCAGGCGAGGAGGGUGAGGCUGGAGGAGGUGGAGAGCGGAGUGAGGACUGACACUGAUGACGUGGGCUUGGAUAGGUAUAGGGUGUUUCUCAAGCAGUAUAAGGAAUGGGUCGAGGCUAACAAGGAUAGGUUGGAAGAGGAGUCUUAUAAGCAAGACCAAGAUUAUUACCCCGGUAGAAGGAAAAGAGGGAAGGACUACAAGGAGGGCAUGUACGAGCUUCCGUUCUAUUAUCCUGGCCAAAUUUGUGUAGGGAAGGUGACAAUGUUGCAUCUCUAUCAAGGGGCAUUUGUUGACAUUGGCGGGGUACAUGAUGGGUGGGUUCCUAUAAAGAACAAUGAUUGGUAUUGGCUUCGCCAUCACAUAAAAGUGGGUAUGCACGUCAUUGUUGAAAUUACGGCAAAGCGAGAUCCUUAUCGCUUCCGCUUUCCUAUCGAACUUCGUUUUGUUGAUCCAAAUAUAGACCAUCUAAUCUUUAACAAAUUUGACUUCCCACCAAUAUUUCAUCGUGAUGAAGAUACUAAUGAAGAUGAAAUACGGCGUGACUGUGGAAGACCUCCUGUUCCUAGGAAAGAUCCAGGAGACAAACCAGAGGAAGAACCUCUAUUGUCUAAUCAUCCAUAUGUCGAGAAGUUGUGGCAAAUUAAUGUAGCUGAGCAAAUGAUUUUGGAUGAUAUGGCAAUUAAUCCUGAUAAAUAUGAAGGCAAAAAACUGUCAGAUUUGGUUGAUGAAGAAGAUUUUGAUGAACAAAACGCUGUUGAGUAUACAAAAGUUCAAUAUAAGAAUACCACGCUACCACAAACUACUCUGAAAACAAGUGUCAAAGAGCUUGACUUAGAGGCUGCACUUGCUGAGCGUGAGCUCCAUGUUAAACUAAGGAAGGAAGCAGCGGACAGAGGUGAGAAAUACAAAAUUACCAAACUGAGGCGCAAUGUUGAGAUGGAUGAGUAUGACUACAUGCAUUGGCGUAGAUCAUUUGAGGAAAGAGAAGCAUUGACUAGAGACAUCAGCUGUCGCAAAGCUCUUGGUCUGCCAUUGGAAGAGCCAGGAAGAUAUAUGGAUGCUAGUUUUUUUGGUAAAGAUCAAUAUGAUCCUACAAGUCCUCUGUAUCGUUAUGACUACUGGGGGGAACCCAAGAAUUCGGAGAAGAGCAUGCAAGAGCGGAUGACAGAUCUCCAUAACAAAAAAAUCGUGGGCAAGGGCAAUGUUUGGUACGAAAUGUCAUAUGAAGAUUGCAUCCAGCAACAGAUGGAAAGUGAAGCCCAGUCUAAGGAGCAAGAAAACGAUGAAGAUACAAGGCAAGGUCAAGCUGAUGAAGAUGAGGAUGACGAGGAUGAUGAUGAUGAUUUUGACUUCAGUAUUCUGAGCAGUUUCGGUAGUAAUUUCUCCGAUCAGCCUCAUGUUAAUGGGACCGAGUCUUCUACAAUAUCAGGUGAGGGCAUGUUUGAGGAUUGAUGCUACAAUGCAUCAUUGUUUAGCUAAAGUAAAUUGUACAGUCAGACUGAGAAAUGUGCAUAAAUUUUGGCAGUGUACAAUGUGUUCACAGCGGCAAUCCAAUUUUAUUUGUAUUGUUUACGAAAAUUGUCACAUGGCGACUGCACUGAUACGACCAUUUAGGUUUUCGGGAAAUGAGAAUCAAGAAAAUACAUCGAGACAUUCUGUAAAAUGUUCAACCAUGCAAUUUUAAACUUUACGGUUUAAGGAAGUAUUAAAAUGAA